AUGGUCCCUUUUUAAAAUUGCUUUGUUUUGAAGCUUUAUUUCACGAUAAAACGUUUAUUUUUAAAUAAUUUUUUAUACAUAAUAAUUUGCCCUCAUAAUAUUGUUUAUUUUUAAUACAAGUAUACUUUAACUGCACAAUCACGACAGAUUGAACAAAAAAUUGAGGGAAAUUUGAAAUCAGGAAUGAGUUACAGACGACUAGUGCCCAACUCUGGACAACACAAAAUCCCUGUAAAUGUUUUAGACAGCAUUCAAGAAAUCAAAAACCUAACAAACCCAUCAUUUAAAACUCAAACCCCAUCAUUCUUAGCCACUAAUCUCCUCAAAUCAUAUUUUGGAAGGGGCUUAAUUGAGGAAGCACGCACACUGUUCGAUGAAAUGUCUGAGAGAGACGUUGUUGCCUGGACUGCCAUGAUUUCUGGUUAUGCUUCUUGCAAUUACUAUACCAAUGCAUGGAAUGUGUUUUUGAAAAUGUUGAGGGGAUGUGGUGAUCCCCCGAAUGCGUUUACGCUGUCUAGUGUGUUGAAGGUUUGCAAGGGGAUGAAUUCACUUUCUUCUGGGGCUUUGGUUCAUGGGUUGGCUCUUAAACAUGGUUUGAAUGGUUGUUCUUAUGUUGAUAACUGUUUGCUGGAUAUGUAUGCUACUUGUGGCUGUAAUAUGGAUGCUGCAUGCGCGGUUUUUCAAGAUAUGGAGGUUAAGAUCCCAGUGGCGUGGACUAUUUUGAUCACUGGGUACACUCAUCGGGGUGAUGGUCAUGGAGCUCUACAAGUUUUUAGACAAAUGUGGAUGGAAAAACUUGAAGCAAGUCCAUUUGGCGUUUCUAUAGCAGUAAAAGCUUGCACCUCAAUUGAAUCUUCGACAUGUGGCAUGCAAAUCCAUGCUUUAGUACGGAAAUGUGGGUUUGAUUCCAAUAUUCCUGUUAUGAAUUCUAUUCUAGAUAUGUAUUGUAGGUGUAAUUUGUUUUCUGAAGCACGUCUAUGUUUUUAUGGAAUGAUUCAGAGAGACUUAGUUACUUGGAAUAUUUUUAUUGCUGGAUAUGAAAUGUUGCAUCCAAAUGAGUCCCUGUAUAUAUUCUCACAAAUGGGAAUAGAGGGGCUUAGUCCCAACAGCUUCACAUAUUCAAGCAUUAUAGCGGCAUGUGCUAAUUUAGCAGUUUUAGGUUGUGGACAGCAAGUUCAUGGAGGGAUUUUUCAAAGAGGUCUCGAAGGGGAUUUACCUCUGGCUAAUGCCCUUAUAGACAUGUAUGCCAAGUGUGGAAGCAUAAUGGAUUCAUGUAGAAUUUUUAGUCAAAUGAACCGUAAAGAUUUGGUAUCAUGGACUUCUAUGAUGAUUGGGUAUGGGAGCCAUGGUUAUGGCAAAGAAGCUGUUACUUUGUUUAAUGAAAUGGUCAAAUCAGGUAUUCGGCCUGAUCGGAUUGUAUUUGUGGCAGUCAUUGGGGCCUGUAGCCAUGCUGGCAUGGUUGAUGAAGGCAUGCGUUACUUCAAAUCGAUGACUGUUGAUUACAAAGUUUCCCCCAAUCAGGAGGUUUACGGAUGUGUAGUUGAUUUGCUUGGUCGAAGUGGUAGAGUUGAGGAAGCUUUUAAACUGAUAGAAAGUAUGCCAUUUAAGCCUGACGAAUCUGUUUGGGGAGCGCUUUUAGGAGCUUGUAAGGCUCAUGGAAUUUCAGAUCUUAGCAAACGUGCAGCUCAGAGAGUACUAGAGUCGAAGCCUAGUGUUGCAGGAAGUUAUGUGAUGCUAGCAAAUAUUUUUGCAGCUCAGGGUGAUUGGGGGGAUUUUGCAAGAAUGAGAAAGUUGAUGAGGGGAACCGGAAACAAGAAAGAGGCUGGUAGGAGUUGGGUGGAGCUCAGAGACCAGGUCUAUAGCUUUGUUGUUGGAGAUGUAAUCGGUCCUCAUAUUGUAUUGGCUCGUGAAGUCACUGAAUUAUUUAGUCAGCAUAUGCAAGAAACAGCUUGUUUUCGUGAUCUCGAUUUCUUGUUUUAUGACUCCUUAUGUGGGCUUCACCCUGUUGUAAGCCACAGUAUUGAUCCAAAGGCUAUUUAAGGAAUAUUUGUCUAGCCGAAUAUGUCCAUUUCUUAGUCUGUACUCUAUAGCCACAGGUUGAUAAACAGAAAAAUCAAGCUAUAGGGAAUGUUCCUAGUAGCAAUUGGUUUGCUUGACAGCGGGUUUUGACAAGGAACUUAAGUUGAAAAAGCACAGGAGUGCGGUGCUUGCCAUACCUCGAAAGGAUCCAAGGCUUUUCAAAUUUGCUUCAGCAAUUGCAAAAAUGUGCAUGAUAUGGACAGCAUAGACCGCCUCACUACGUUGUUCAGAGAAAUAGAAAUGGCUGAUACCUUUAGUUGAUGAACUGCAAAGGUUAAAGUUUAUACCAAAGAAAGGCCGAAUACAAUGCAGCUGGUUCUUGUGUAGAAGCCAAAGUUCAUGACUGACACUUAAACAUAAGACAGAUUACAUUUUUCUGCAAAGUUGGGGGCGAUUGGUACUUAAAUAUGAACAUGGAAAGUACACUACACUCAAUAUGUUCAAGUGUGUUAAAUUCUCGAAUUCAUUCUUUAAUGGCCUACAUGCUGGAAUUUUUAUUAUAACUACUGUACUAUUGGGGUCAAGCAUGCGUGAUUCUAGGGGUUGGAUCACCGCAACCCAUACCUAAUUUCUGGAAUAAGUUUUGUUUCUAUGGAUAAGUUUCCUUGUGGAAGCAUUGGUCGAUCUCCUAUGCUUGUCAUAGACUACCUAUGAUUGGGUGCUCAAGUCUCCUGGACCAUCAGUGUAAAAUUAUGGAUAGACAAGUUGUUCGGUAGUUGGCAUGUGGUUAGGUUGCCCACCUUAAAUACCAUUCCGGCGUUCUCACUUGGUGGAGCACAGCCUUCCUGGUACGUGAUUUCUGUCUUCUGUGCAUACAGUUUUAACGUUAAUAUCAGAACUAUACAGUGGUUAAUAUUGCAGUAUGUUUUAAUCUUAGCAGAGCUCCUUGACUCGUGAAGUUAAUAACCAUUCCCACAUUCAUGAGGUCUAUGGUUAACAUAAUAUAUCUUUGGCAAUAGUGUCUUACUCCGAGUUAUACUAUAUAGGUACCACGGUUUCAAGUUACAUCUAUGAUCUAUUACUGUUUGACAAGCACCUCGGUUCUAGUAGCACGUUCUUCAAAAUGUAGAGAAAAUCAGGAGAAUAAAAACAAAGAAGAUAUGAUACGUUAAGGGACUGAUACAUAUGCAAAAGGUUUGUUUUGUGGGUAGUGAAAGCAUAGGAGUAAUACAUUUCUAAGUAAUAAUUUUUCUCAAGCCGAGCAAAAGGCUGGAAAGUGAAAACAAUUAAGCAAAAGGGAUAUUCUGAAAUAUUCAAGUACUUAAAUGCAUGUAUUGGUUUUGUACAUAUGGCUCGUGUAUGGAUUUUGAUACAUGUAAAAUACUAAGGAACAUAUUACCUUAUGUUUAAAUAUGAGGAUUACUCGAAACAUGGAAAUUUAUCAACAAAUUCACACAUCAAGUUCAAGUAGAUAUAUAGCAUAAGUUGAUUACAGGAGGUUCAAAUUCUAAGCAAACCAUCCGAAAUCAUUAUUACCAGCUUUUAUUUGUAAACAUGGAUCUCUUUAUUUGUUAGUUGCUACUAAAUCUCCUUCAUAUCACCUUCCUCUGUCCCAUUAGCUUCUGUCAUUCUGUGUUCCAUCUUAGGUACUGCCAUUUCCUUCAGUUUUUUCCCAUAUUCCACAUCUUGAACUUUAAAAGCUGACACUAACAAGCUCCUAUACAGUCCAGAUGAUAUCUUAAAGAUUAUCUUCCUGGUAGGCGGAUUGUCGAGAUAGAUGUCACUUAAUGUUACCCCCAUGAAGAGCUCCUUAGUCUUGACACCAGAUAGCUAUCUUGAUCCUGCCUUUUCCAACAUAAGCAGUUACCUCAGUUCCGUAAAAAACAGGUAAAAAGUGCAGUAAAUUUGAUCUGAGUAUAAAACUAGUCCAGGCCUUUUUUUUCACAAGUCCAGCAGGGUUUUCACCUAGCACUACUGCUCUAACAAUAAAUAGCUGAAACCUACAACAUUAAUUAGGUUGUCAAUAAUAGCAAAUGCGUAUUAAUUUCACUGCUAUGUGCAUAGUGGCCGUGUCUGACCACCUCUGGCCUCUAAUUACCUCGUCCUUGACAUUAAUCAGGUUGUUGAGGUUAGCCUAUGAGCAAUAAAUUCAAUGGACUGCAAUCACCAUUGUAAAAGCUUUCGACCAACACCAAGGAAAACUAACCACAAAAGAAGACGGAACAGCGAUCUGGAAUGAUCUGAAUACAAUUCAAAUGGACAGCAGGUUUUAGUAGAAAAACAUAGAGGCUUAUCGCUUUUGUUACACACAAAAUUGCAUUUAUUGUCGGCCUAAAUGAUUAGCUCUGCAUAACAGCAGUACAUUCUUGAAAUACAAACAACAAUAAUAGUAGAAUCACAGAAAAUUUGAUGAACCAAACUGUGCAUUUUCAUAGGCAAUCAGGCCUCCUUCACUUCACCAGUGGGUUCUUCACAACCCUCAAUCUCGAAAGCAGACGUAGGGAAGGUCCGGUACAGACCUGUUGGAGUCUUGAAAGUGAUCUUCCCAGUAGGAGGAUCAUCAACAUAAAUAUCACUAAGUUUGAUCCACAACAAGAGCUCCUUAGACUUGACACCAGUUAGUUUCUUGAUCUUGCCUUUCUCGAUAACCGCCGUGACCUCAUUAGCAUAAGAAGUGAGCUUUCCAAUUUUUUCGAAGGUGUGAUCAGUUCUUUUCUUCUGUUUGAGCCACACAAAGCCGGUUUCCUUGACAUACCCACAUUCCUCCAUAUCUUUGAGGGGCAGAAGGCCAUUUGGUAAACCCAUUUCUGUGAGAAGAAAUUUUGAUUUUACUUGACAGAUUUCAUUUCCAUGGUACACUUCUGUUGCACUUGCCUUGAUUUCUUCUGUGACUGCAGACAUUUUUAUCUUUCUUUCUUUUUUGUUGUGGAACUGCAGGUUUGUAUGAUUAGUUUUAUAGUUGACAUGAAAGAUGUUGCCCUUGAAUGUUUAACAAAAUUGCAAAAGUGCCA